AUGUCGAGCAGCGCCGUCCCCGCGUACGAGGGGAAACAAAAGGUUUACGCUCUCCUCAACGGAACCUUCCAUGCGGCGAUUGUGCUGGAGGUAGCAGAAGACGCAACAGAGGGCGGUUUUCUCUACUACGUUCGCUACGUGGAGCAGGACAGCAGGCUGGACCAAUGGCUGCAGGCGAGCGACAUCAAGGAACGUCACCAGGGCCGUGCACACCAUGGCAACAGCAGCACACAUCAGCAGUACACCCCGAGCGGUAUCAAGACGCGGCGGCAGAGCAACGCGACGGAGCAGCAGAAGGCAGCGACGGCGGUGCUGACCGGCGAGGGGGCGGGUAUGUCCACAGAGGUUUCGGCAAACGCGAAAGGCGGUGGUGCCGCCCCGCACUUGGUAAAAGUGUCGAAAACGCGCGCGCGACGCGAUAGCGCGUUUUUCUCACGCACCAAGAACAUCUACUCAAUCUGCAUGGGGCCACACGAGGUGGAGACGUGGUACUUCAGCCCGUACCACCUCGCCCGCCCAGAGGUGCAGCAGCGACUGCAGGCAGCGUCUCAGUGUGUGACGGGAAGCACCGAGCUGCAGUUAGUUCAAUCCACCACGUCGUCAGGCGGCACUAGUGGUGUGAGCAGUGGUAUCGCCGGCGUAGGUGGUGGCGGUGGUGACAGCGGGAGUGUCAGCGUAGGGGCGGGUGGGUCAGGCAGAGGGAGCGGUGCCAGUACGCGGCAGUGGCCCAUCGCUACGCGCUCCUUCUCUCUCCACAUAUGCCCCUACUGCCUGCGACCUUUCCUUGACAACGCAGCGGUAGUGCGGCAUCUCCAGCAAGACUGCCUGCGCCAUCCCCCUGGCAACGAGAUCUACCGCGACCCAGUGCGGCGCCUUGUCGUGUUGGAGCUGGACGGCUCGCUGGAGCCGACCUUCUGCGAGCACCUUGCUCUUCUCUCGAAGCUCUUUCUUGAGCACAAGGCUCUGGACCACGACAUGACGCCUUUCCUGUUCUACGUACUGUGCUCAGUGGAGACGCACGGCCUGCAAGUGUUGGGGUACUUCAGCAAAGAAAAGCAAACCCCCGAGCCGUACAACCUGUCAUGCAUCUUGGUGCUACCGCAGUAUCAGAGCCGCGGCAUUGGUCGAUUCUUGAUCGAGCUCAGCUACGAGCUCUCGCGCCGUGAGGGCAAGGUCGGCACGCCAGAGAAGCCCCUCAGCGACUUGGGUGAAAAGCUGUACCUAAGCUACUGGGCCGACUCCGUCACCAUGGCCAUUGCCCGGGCUAUGGAGGAAGGUCACUGCGUCUCUGUGGAUUACCUAGUGCAGGCAACGGCGAUGAUUCAGGCAGAUGUGAUACGAGCCUUACAGCAUCAGAAGCUUCUGAACGGGCAUCAGCUGACCAUCUCCGAGGACAUUGUUGAACGGUGCUACACGAAGCGCCUCGCCAAGGAACGGGAUAUCACGAGCUACACCUUCUACACGCACUUGCUCAGCUGGGCCCCCGGCUUCUACGAAGAGUUCCGUGGCGUGCCGCCAGCGCCAACGUUUGUGCCUUGGCGCGACCCAAAGGCGCCCCACACGCGAGCCGGCGGUUGA